AUGGAUCAAAAAUAAAGCAACACAAAAUCUUACUCUAAUAAAAGAUCUGAAAAAAACGGCACAUCUCGUAAGCUACAAGAUAAAUCAACCCCAAAAGAUAAAGAUGUGAGCAACUAUAACAGCUCUAGCUUCAAUAAAAGAAAAGAAGACACUAGACAAAAUAAAAAAGUUGCUGAAAAGGUUAUGAAGGGGAACAUUUAUGCUUGA